UUUUUUUUUUUUUUUUUUUUUCAAAAGAUGAUAACUUUGUGUACAUUUGUCCAAUUUAAGUCAAAUAUGUGCCGUUUUGUUCGUAAACUUGUUGCUAACUUCAUUAUACCCCUAUCGGAGUGCCAAUUUUCACAGUUCUCUCUUGAGACCAACUUCUCACCAUUAAGCGCCUUCUCCAUGGACAGGAAAAGAUGGUAAUCGCUUGGUGCCAGGUCCGGACUGUAAGGUGUGUGCAUUAGGACCUCCUAUUCGAGCUUCUGGCUCGUCACCAAAGACGUAUGUGGCCUGGCGUUGUCCUGAUAAAACACAAUUCGGCCUCUGUUGAUCAAAGAUGGUCUCUUCUGGAUGAGAGCUGCCUUCAAGCGGUUAAGUUGUUGGCAAUAGGGGGCCGAAUUGAGCGUUUGGCCAUAGGGGAGCAGCUCGUAGUAGAUGAUUCCUUGCCAAUCUCACCAAACACACAGCAAAACCUUCCUGGCCGUCAAUGCGGUUUUGGCCACCGUUUUCGCCGGCUCACCGCGUUUCGACCAUGACCGUUUUUGCUUGACGUUGUCGUAAGUGAUCCAAUUUUCACCGCCAGUCUCUAACCGCUUCAGAAACGGGUCGAUUUUGUUGUGAUUUGCAGAUGGAAACUCGGUCCAUCAUGUUAUUUUGUGUUAGUUCGUGUGGCACCCAAACAUCGAGCAAUUAAAUAAGUGAUCACGUGACGAUCUGUUUAUACUAUUUCCAUGAUUUUAUCGCAAUUUUCGACGACAGACCUCUCAACUCGUGGUGCAUCUUUGACAUCGAAAUUACCGGAACUGAACCUAGCAAACCACUUUUGUGCUACACGUUCGUUUACAGUAUCGGGCCCAUAAACUAAAUUAAUUUUUUCAGCCGCUUUCGCCAAUCAAUCGAAAAAUUGUCAAAGACAAACUUUUAGCGCGAAUAAACACGUUUUCAGCGCCGUAUAGUAUGCCAUGAUGCGACACGUAACACUAGUACUAUGGACAAUAACGCCAUCUUUUAGAUAAAAAUCGAACGAACUUUUUAUUUCACCUAUAUUUAUUACAAAUUUUGCUUUUGCAUAUAUUUCCAUGGUUCACUGCAUUAUUUAUUUUGUAAACAAUUACAUGCAACUCUACGAGUUGCAUUGGUCGAUAAUGAUUGUUAUCGAUAACUUCAAAUUGGCGCUGAAAGCCAUAGAACCAAAAUAAACAGCGAGAUAAAGCAGCGUUUAAAAUGGAUGUGCUAAGCAAUAAAACAACAACAAAAGUUAGUUCUAUUUGUGUUUCCAUGCCAUUUGUGUUUUAUCUGCAAUUAUAAUCUUAAAAUAUAGUGUUUUAAUUUGUAUAAAACAUUUGUGUUUGAAAUGUUUAAAAUAUAUAAUUCAAAGCAUUACUUAAUAGAAUCGAUGCCAAUUGCAACAAAGUGAAGCCAGUAUAAACGCAGGCGGCGUAAAAUUUUUAGUUAAGAUCAACUUGCACUGCUAGCCGCUUAUUAGGCACCACAGGCCGCGGCGUCGGCGCCAACGCCAAUAAUUAACACCCAACCACAGCCGAAAACAAAGGCUCACAUAUCGUUUAUUAGCUGAUUACCAGCGUGUGUCGCUUUAAAUUGGCGCACCAACAACAACAAAACUACAACAACAAGAGCAGCAGCAAAGCAGCGUCCUCGUGACCGCAAUCUAUGCACCGGCUGCCGCAAACUUGUCAGCACUUGUCGUAAAAUGACCGAGAAUCAAAUAUUUUCCAUGUCGACCGAUCUAUUCGACACCUCGUCCAACAGCAGCAAUCCACUAAAGUGUGAUAUCUUCUCGUUGGCGCUAAGCAACAGCAACACAUCCAGUCUACUCUUCGGCACAUCGACGCUGCCCGCACUUAGCCCAUUGCAGCAGCUGAAUGUGAAUACCGUUUUCAAUACAAAUUCCAACUCCAGCCCCAAUUCCAAUUACCUUUCGAAUUUGAAUUCGAACGCCAACACACCAAACGACCAACAACAACAGCAGCAGCAGCAACAGCACACAUUCACCAGUGUCGGCAACAGCAUUGGUAGUAGUGCUGGUGGUGGCAGCAUCGGCGGUAGCAGUAAUGUGAUGCUGACCAACGCUAUAAGCAUACCGCGCAGUAAUAACCCAAAUCAGAGUCAUACUCCUUGGACGCAAGAACGAGAUUCGCAUCAUCAUCCCAGCCCAAGUCCUUUGCAGCAUCAUCCCCAUCAUCUUAAUAGCCAUAAUCACAACCAAAUAGCUUCCAUGAUGUCUGCACAGCAACAAAAUAACCAACAACAGCAACAGCUCCAACAACAACACCAACUGCAACAACAAUCGUUGCAACACUCACAGCCACGUCUUUUUGUCGACUUCUCCGAUUACGGUUUGGAUGUCGCCUCGCUGGACGCUUCCUCGUUGUCGCCAACACUGCUGCAAGAUGUCAGUUUGGGCGCUGCUUCGCCACUACAUGGCAUCACGUCCAACGGCUUCUAUGCGGCUGAUGCCUCGCCAGUCAGCAACAGCGGCAGCAAUAGCAUAGUCGGCAGCGUUGGUACCGUGGACUCGGCCAGCACGUUGUUGGGACUGAAUGAUAGCAUACGCUCCGGCGACGAUGGCAACAAUUCGCUGCUCUUCGAUGUCACCGGCACGCCUAACUCGAGCGCCAUGUGGAGUGACAUCAGCAAUGCCAUCAUCACCAAACAUGAACCCUUCACGCUGGAGGAAGACUACAUUUUUCCCAUAGAUAAGACUGAGAUACAGGCUGCCGGUUUCGGUGAAAUAUCGGAUGAUCAUUUCCUCGAUGUGAUCGAUAAUUUUGAUGAGCUUUUGAAUAGCGGUGCUGGACAGAAUGAAUUCAUUCUAUCGCCUCAACAAAAUAAUAGCUCAAGCAAUUUACAACAGUUAAAUAGUCCACAGGCCUCGCCAGGUGGUGGACCACCAAUGGAAUUGUUGGAGAUGCAUAAGCAACAACAACAACAGCACCAACAACAACAACAACAGCAGCAACAACAACAAUUGACACAACUGCAAACGGCUCAGCAACAACAACAUCAACAGCAACAGUCGCAGCAACAGCCACGUUUACAGCACAGCAACAGCGCUGGCGGUGCCAUACACACACACCAUAAUCACCAUAACUCGUCUAGUCCAUACGAAAUCUACCAUAGCACACCAAAUAAGCAACAAACACAUCAAUUAAGCAGUUCGGGCUCGAACUCAUUCUCUCCGGGCAGUCAGGCCUCGCAUUCGCCACUUCAGCUGAAUUCCAUAACGCCACCACCACCGCCGCAUGGCAAUCGCACACAAAGCUUGCAGGUGAAGUCGCGCAACAUGUUGGAAUUGCAAAAGAAGGGAUUCUCCAUGUCUCCCGAUCGUGCUAAUGGCAGCGCCGGUUUAUUGGGUCAAUCGGUGCCGGGCAAUAGUCACGUGCUGCUCUCCGGUAAUGCGCUUAGCCCAAGUAGCGGUGGCAGUAGUAGCGGCUUCGGUAGCGCCACCGGCGGUGGCAGCAGCACUGGUGGUUCGGUGCGCAAAUCGUUCCAGUAUCCUUGUGAUACAUCCAUAUCGCGCCUGUCCUCAUCGGCACCCACACAUCUCGGACUCGAACACAUUUGGAUGCGACGUGAACCACGACAGCAUUUGCUGUCCACUGGCUCGCUGGCCGAGGCUGAAUCGUUCUCGUCUCUUAGCACCGGCAGCGUAUUGUCGCCGGAUGGCAUUGAUUUCUCGCAGGACGAUGAUGACGAUGCGUCGACAGACUACAACAGCGAUAAUUAUGAUGAUCUGUCCAGUGAUGGUUCUGAUAAUGAGGAUGACUCGCGCACCACCAUUUCCGGCCACAUGUCAGGCAGCAAAUGCAAGGAACGCUACUUCUGGCAGUACAAUGUACAAGCGAAGGGGCCCAAGGGUAAACGGCUUGUGUUCCAGUCACGUCUGGAGGAUCCGCACGUCUUGAACGAGGCCACCGAUCCGGUAUUCAGCCCUAAUUGUUCUGUGCGUGGUAUCAAGGUGUUCAAACACAGCGGCAAGGCGCGCAAGGGUGAUGGCAAUGAUCUUACGCCAAAUCCACGAAAAUUGCAUGUCAUCGGCAAGGAGUUAGACAAGUUGGGUCGCACCAUCAACGACAUGACGCCCGUAUCCGAGUUGCCCUUCAAUGUGCGCCCGAAAUCGCGCAAAGAGAAAAAUAAGUUGGCCUCACGCGCAUGCCGGCUAAAAAAGAAGGCUCAGCACGAGGCGAAUAAAAUCAAACUUUUUGGACUGGAAAUUGAACACAAACGUUUAAUUAAUGGCAUUUUUGAACUCAAACAAGCUUUGGCGCUCAAAUAUCAAAAUCAAAACAACGGCGAGCACACCGAGGUGAUCGAUCAGCGCAUCGAACAGAUCUACAAAACGGCACAAACUGGUCUGCGUAUAGCUGGCGAUACCACUGAUUUUGUGAACAAAGUGUUGGAGAAUGUGAAAAGUGGUGUACCAAACGGUGGUCUCGAGGAUUUAAGGCACUCAUAGAAGCGUGGCCGAAGAGAAGUGAGAAAUCAAAGAUGUGAAUAGCUAUUAAGGAUAAAUAUUGGAGGCUCAAAAGUGAAAAUGAAAAGAGAUGUGAAGGGUGAAGUGAGUAAAAACGAAAGCAAGCAUAUUUUAAUGACAACUGUAACCGAGGAAUAAAAGGUUAAAAGUUGCUCACAAACAAAAAUACAAGGAGUGUGAAUGCUGACUGCAGAAAGGAAUAAACAAUUUACGAGGAUUGCUGAAAAAUUGUGUUUCAAAGAAAAAUUAUCAGCUGUAAGAGCAUAACUGAUAUCAAAGAAUACGCAGGAAGCUUGAUUUUAUGUAAACAUAAAGCUGUUAAAUGUAAACGAAAGAGGCCACAUAUAUUUAAAAACAUACAUAUUUACAUAUAUAUAUACUUGUAUAUAUAUAUAAUCUAGCUUUUAAGUGCUAAUGUUAUGCGGUGAAAAGUAAUGGUUAAUGAGCGGGUGUAAACCAAUAUAAGCGGUUGCUGUUGUUGUCUGGAGCGAUAUUUAAGUAAAUAUGAGCCACACAUACAUACAUAUUUAUAUAUAUAUAUACAUAGUAGCAUAUAUAAAUGUUGGCUUACAAACUAUCGAUAUACAUAGUUAUAUACAUAUGUAUAAAAUUACCUAGGCUUUAAGAUUUUUUUAUGUUUUGCUUUUACAUGCAAAUGAAUGCAGAAAUUUUAAACACACAUACCUAUACAUACAAACAUAACGUACAUACGUACAUGUAUGUAUAUAGAAAUAUACUACUAUUUUCAACAUAACAAUUUAGUGACUUAGGCAUAUAAAAAUGAAACGAAAAAAUGAAUUCAAGCUAGUGAUAAGAAAAGUGUGAGAAAUUUGAUUAAAACAAAUACACACAUACAUAUAUAUAUAUACAUACACUUAUGUGUUGGUGCACUCUUAGGCGCCUAAAAUGAAAAUAAUUGUAGAGCGGCGCCGUGAAUGCUUUCGCAAGCAUCUGCUCCUCUAAAUGCAGUGAACUUAGUUGUUAAAAUAAUAUUUUUACAUACAUAAUUACACAUAUGCGUACAGACAUAUAUAGCAUGUUAUAUAUUAAGCGUUUUUUCUAAUUAUCGUUAUAUUUUAUAAAUGAAAAACAAAAACACACAUAUUAUUAAGAAUUAUAAUGAAUUAUUUGAUGGAAAAUCUUUAAGUUUUGUUUGGCUGCUUUGUUUUGCGUUUAAGUUUUUUGUUUGACAAUACACGCCAUGUGUGAAAAACUGCAGAAAUGCCGAAAGUAAUGUAAAAACUCUUUUAAUAUGAAAAAAUAAUAAUAACUAUAGUGAAAUAAUGUGCAAAAUGCAUAA